UCCAUCCGUCAAACGAACCAGGACUACUCAGUAAGCAUGUACUUCCGGCAAAUCUGGGUAGACGAGAGGCUGGCAUACGACGUGAAAGAUGGUCUGAAAAAUGUGACCCGGCUGGGAGAGGGCAGUUGGGAGACCAUCUGGACCCCGGAUAUCUUCUUACGCAACGAAAAAAGGGCCUCUUUUCACGAGGUCACGGUUGAUAACCGCCUGUUGACCCUGAAUCACACCGGGUCUCUGUGGUACGUUAUUAAGGUAUCGGCCACCCUGUCGUGCCCCAUGAAAUUGCAGAAGUACCCUAUGGACACGCAGAUCUGCCCCAUGAUGUUUGAGAGCUGUAUAUACACAAUGGAUGCUAUCUACUUUUCUUGGUACCCGAAGACCGUUGAGUAUGAGAAGAACAUGCAGAUGCCACAGUUUAAGGUUCAAUCUCACUACCUAUACGACUGCGUUCAAAACUAUACAGCAGGGGCGUUCCCAUGCCUUGCCAUAAAAUUCGUAUUUCGAAGGGACUUUGGUUAUUUCUUCAUUCAAGUGUACGUCCCCAGCAUGCUCAUAGUCAUCCUGUCAUGGGUGUCCUUCUGGUUGAAUAUCGAAGCAUCACCGGCGCGAGUAUCGAUCGGCUUGCUGACGGUUCUUACGAUGACGACACAAAGUGCCGGCGUGAAUGCAUCCCUGCCACGGGUCUCCUACAUCAAAGCUGUCGACGUCUGGAUGUCCAUGUGCCUCAUUUUCGUCUUCAUCGCACUCCUCGAGUACGCGCUUGUCAACGUCAUGUCCAGGAGGCAUGGGAGGAGGAAUGCCAACGUCCUCACCACAUUAGCUCGAUGUCAUCAACAUUUCGAAAAGCAACCUGGAGAGGGUGCCUCGCGACAGCAAAACAUGUUGCAGCGACGACCUAUGCAGCACGUGUCGUUGGAUCAGUUCAGCAGCAGUCUGGCUGCCUCAAUCCAGAACCAACUUUGUGGCGGGAGGGCCCCCAACACAACUGCCCAAAUCAAAGAUGGCCUCCGACACGCUAAGGAAAUCGACCGGAUGUCGAGAAAAUUAUUUCCGCUUACUUUUUUGUUAUUUAAUGUCUUUUACUGGACGGCGUACGCACUG